AUGGCCGCUCAACAGCCUCUGCAUGUCCUGGUCACGGGGUCUACUGGGUUCAUCGGCGCCCAUGUCGUCGACAACCUGCUCGCCAAAGGAUUUCGAGUCCGGGGCGCAACACGAUCAGCCAGCAAAGGGGAGCAGAUGAAGGCGGUUAGACCGCAAUAUGCGUCCCUGUUGGAGUUUGUAACCGUUCAAGACUUCAGCCAUAUCGGCGUGUUUGAUGCCGUUAUGGAUGGCAUCGACGCUGUAAUUCAUGUCGCAAGUCCGUUCUUCUACAACACCACCGAUAACGAAAAGGACCUGAUUUUGCCCGCCAUCAAUGGCGUAAAGUCUAUCUUGUCCGCUUCAGCUCAAUCAGGAAGCAAAGUUCGACGGAUCGUCUUGACUUCCUCGUUCGCCUCUGUCCUGGACGUCGACCGCAAUCCUCCACCGGACUUUGUCUAUACCGCUGAGCAUUGGAAUCCUUUGUCCUACGAGACCGCCAUUGACCCAGGCUCCUCAUCUGUAGUGGCAUAUCGCGGAUCCAAAAAGUUCGCAGAACUUGCUGCGUGGGAGUUUAUCAAGACCAAUGCACCCCGAUUCGACCUCGUCACUCUCUGCCCACCCAUGGUCUUUGGCCCCACUGUCCACCCUGUGUCCAGCGUCGAUCAGCUGAAUGAGUCCAACGCGGUUCUAUGGAGCGUGGCAGCUGGUGCUGAUCCCCUGCCGACAGCACGAGUCCCCGCAUGGGUUGAUGUGAGGGAUCUGGCGGAAGCGCAUGUUCAAGCUCUUAUGAGCCCCGGUGCGGGUGGGAAACGAUACAUUCCUGUGUCGCCGGAGCCUUUUUCUUAUGAAUCCGCGGCGGAUAUCAUCAAGGAUCAGUUUGAGUGGGCUGUGGACUCGGUGACGAGAGAUUAUGAGGCUGGGAAGAAGCCGCAGGCAUCGUAUGGAGUUGAUGGGGAAACUGUGGCGAGAGAGCUGCAUUUCAGGUACCAUCGAUUUCGGGAGACGGUUGUGGACUUUGUUGUACAGGUCAGGCGGGACUUUUAUGCCUCGGCAUAA